AGAGAGACAGAAGAUGGUCACCUCUUGAUGACCCUCCAAGUCCCUCCAAGUUUGACAUGAAAUUUCAUCACUGACAGCCCAGUGAAUGAAGUCUCUUGCAAGAACUUGCAGGUUUCAGCAAAAAUCAGGGAAUUACAGAGUAAGGGAAAAACCCCUUAUUUUACAAAUUGGGAAACUGAGGGAGGGGAGGAAGUCAGCUCUUGUGCAUCUGUGGAAGUCAGCUGAGUUGAGUCUUUGCAACCCCAGGCUUUCCUAUGAUCACUUGAUCAAUUAGGGGGAGUGGCUUUCAAGUGCCAGAGGGGAGGGUUAGAUGGGCUAUUGGGAAGGAAUUGUUGGCUGUGAGGGUGGUGAGGCCCUGGUAGAGGUUGCCCAGAGAAGCUGUGGAUGCCCCAUCCCUGGAAUUGUUCAAAGCCAGUUGGGAGCAACCUGGUCUAGUGGUCGGUGGCCCUGCUGAUGGAGUGGGUUGGAAUUCAAUGAUCUUUGAGGUGCCUUCCAACCCAAACCAUUCCAGGAUGCAAUGAAUUUAAGCAUCACUUAAACCCAUCACUGCUCUGAAGUUUCCUGUGUAUUUUUAAAUUCUGAUAUAUGGGCAUCAAUCAAUAGUUUCAUCCACUGCCCAUGACUUUGUUUUGUUGACAUUUCUUGCAGUUUAGAAUGGCCCAUUAACAGCCAAGGUGAUGUGACCAUCUCCUGACACAGAAUGCCAGUGAUCCCUGCAGGGAAAAGAGAAACCCUCCAAUUUAUGAGGAGGUUAAAUAGUGCUCUGGGUGCAAAUAGUCUUUUAAUUUAAAUAGCAUUUUCCACUGGAGUCCUGGCCAGGUUAAUAAGGGCUACCAGCAACAACUCAAGGAAGAACUAUUGGGUAAGGAUUUAAAGCUGUCUUAGAAUCUUUGGGAAAGGAAGAGGAAGAUGUCCAAAUCUGUAUCUGAUAUGCUAAGCAAAUUUGGGCUAGAUCUGCCCAUUUCUAUACCCAGUGACACAAAUGGCAAUAAUUUGGCUGGUGUCACACUUUUUUGUGCCUUUGUUCCCCUGGCCGGAUGGACCAGCAGAAGUGAUUCAUGCACUAGUUAAAAUCAAGAGUUGCUGGUACCUCCUGUUGUGAAAUAGUUCUCUGUAAAUACACAAGCUGCCAGGAAAGGAGAAAGGUGUGUUCUCUGUUUUCACUGCACUUCCUUUGGAUCUGGGCGCUGUGGUUUGGGUCCUCAUGGGUGUGUGGUGUGCAUGGUGAGAAGAUGAGUGGGAUAUUGUGAGUAUGUGGUAAAUUCUGUGUGGGGAAGAGCCAUGGGUUUGAUGGUGGGCAGGCUGGGGCUGAGGUGCUAUUUGGGGGGAAGUUGUGAAACUGGAAGUGAAAGUCUGGAGGCUUUCUUGAGGGAUUUUGUGAAAUCGGAAGUGCCCGAGGUGUGGUAAAGGACUGUGCUGAAAGACUGAAGUGGCAGGUGGGGUGUGGAGCUGCACUGAAAGAGCUCCUGCCACCAGAAUUAUUCACUGGGGGCAGAACAAGCAGAGGCUGGGAAGUUAUGGGUGCUGAGGUGUGAAUUUUGGGUGGAUCCUCCUCCAGGGAAGGUUGGAUGUAAAAAUAGGGACUAAAUACGGUGAUGAAUUUUGUUGGGAGAGGCUGUGGGUCAGGAGAGGACAGUGUGGUGAUGGGUGUGUUAUGGUUGGGCAGGGACAAUAGGGAUAAGCAGCUGUGCUGAGGGAGGUUGCAAAACCAUCAGCAAAGGUGUUUUGGGAGAAGAAUGAAAAUUUCUCUGUGUAACCCUGAGCAGCACUAAAGCAUCAUCUUCAGGGGCUGUGAAACCAGAGCAUCUCAGGGACAUGGGUAUGAAACAUCAGUGCAAGAGGCAAGGGAUGGGUUUGUAUGGGCAAAACUGGCUGGAAAGAGGAGAAUUAGUAAAAUAAAAAUUGUUUCCAUGACACUGUGAAGAGGGGAAGGGGAAGUGGUUCAGUUAUCACACACACAUGAUGUUCUCCCCUGAAGAGUGAUUGGCUGGUGUGUGUCACACUGGCUUUUUUAAGUGUCUGAUUAGCCCAGCACUGCAGUAUUGACACAAGGACCUUGUCUGGACCCUAUGCCACAGAAUUCAGGGGACAAUAUUGCCCAGCAGAUCCACACCAGGCAGCUGCUGCAAAGCCAUCGCUGAAAUUCCAAGGAACCCACAAGAAGGUGUGUCUGGAAUCACCCAUUAUGAGUUCCACAGCCACACCAAUCUUCCUUUCAGCCACAACCACCCAGGCCCUUGGGACUAACCAGAGUGGGGCUGUGGGACAACAGGAGCCAUCCUAUGCUGUCUUGAAGUUCAUGGAGAGCUUCUGCCUCAUCAGCUCUGCCUGUGGGAUGGUGGGGAACGCCCUGGUCCUGUGGUACCUGGGCUUCCGCAUCCGCAGGAACCACUUCACAGUCUACAUCCUGAAUCUGGCAGCCGCCGACUUUGGGUACCUGCUCUGCAUCGCCAUCGAGACCGUCCAGUACCUGAUGCAGUUCAACGUGGGGGUGCAGUUUGGGAUAUUCCUCUUCCUGGAUCUCUCCAUGUAUGGGACCGGCCUGUACCUACUGACAGCCAUCAGCAUCGAGCGGUGCCUGUCUGUGCUCUCUCCAAUCUGGUGCCGGGCCCACCGCCCCAAACACUUGUCUGCCAUCAUCUCCGGCCUGCUCUGGGCUCUGUCCCUGCUGCUGAACACACUGGGGUACAUUCUGUGCACCAUCCGCCCCUCUCCCAGGCUCUGCCAGAGCCUGCUCAUCACCAUCGGGACCUUUGACUUCCUCAUCUGCGCACCCCUCAUGCUGCUCUUCAGCCUCACUCUCUUCCUCAGGGUCAAGUGCAGCUCCCAGCACUUCCAGACAGGCCGACUCUUCACCAUCAUCAUGCUCACCAUCCUCCUCUUCCUCAUCUUUGCCGUGCCCCUCAGCGUCCUCAUCCUCUUCGACUUCCUGGGCUACAAAUUUCUCUACUCCCCAGAGAUUGGCUUUGUGCUGUCCUGUGUCAACAGCACCCUCAACCCUGUCAUUUACUUCCUGGUGGGAAGCUACAGGGGUCGGAGAUUCAAGCUCACCCUUGGGCUGGCAUUCCAGAGGGCCUUUGAAGAGUCAGGGGACGACAAAGAUGAGCAGGAAACCAGGGACUCAGUAACUAUGUCCUCCUAAAAGCCUGGUCUAGAGACAAGAGUGGGCAGAGUUGAAGAACUGCAAGGUUUUGGGGAAGGUUCAUUGCACCUGACCUUCAGUAUCCUCACUGUAGAUAGUUCAGCUGAUUAAAUGAGUUCUGUCUGUGAUCAGUGAAAUCACACAAGGACCUGGACCACAGAAUUUUCCUGAACUGUAUUUGGAUCACAAGUGACUAUUAAAAAACAUUAAUUUGAUAAGGUGAAAUGUGUUGGUGUCUAAAUUUCCUCAAAGGAAUCUUGCUUAGAAUUUGCACUUCACUCAAUAAAUCCCUGUCAUUCCUAAGUGCGUGAAUUCUCAGUCACUUUUCACUCGGAUUGCUGAAGAUGAAAUCAAACAGAAAACUCCUGCAAGGAGGAGGAAUUUAUCCCACUUAAUUUUAAAUACCCAUAUCCGAGCACACUUUUGCAGCUCAGAGAGCCAUUCUGGGCUUCCUAAUGUGAGCAUGUCAAAGAGUGAAGUUAUUUUAAUUUCUUCCAGCCCUGGACAGACUUUCUGCAUUUAACUAAAGUGUGAAUUGCCUGUUGUUUCUUCCUUGAAAAGGGCAGAUAAGAAUCCAUGGCUUUUAAAUCUCCUUUACCAAUAAAAAUAAUUUCAAGAUUAGGGAAAAAAAUACAGGAAACAGAAAAAGGUAAAUAAAUAACAUGAAUUGCAACAAAUUAUUCUAUAGACCCAAUCCCUUGAGGUACAAGAUGGGAUUAUUUGUCCUAUAAAACUACCUAACAUUUAUUCUUUGAACCAAAAUUAUUAGGAAAA